CCCCGCCCCCUGCACUUGUGUGUUUUUUUUCAGUGCGGAGGUCGGGCGACGCCCCUCCCUGCCUCCCUGCCUCCCCAGCAUCAGCACCUCCACCAGCAGCUGCAGGACGAUGCUGCCCGGCUCCUGCUCGCCAUCAUCUCCAGGAUACUCCGUUUACCGAUAAGUCCGCUGACCCAGAGCCGUUUAUUUCAGUCACACAGCUACUCGCCCGCCUCCAUUCAUGGUGUGCCAUUCAUGCAUCCCCGCCAGGACGACAGCAGGAUAGCCCGCUCCGGCCCGUAAUAGCACACACUCAAUUGUUGUUCUUUUUUUUUUUUUUUUUUUUUUUUUUUUACAUGUAGGUCAAAGUGAUGAAGACUCGGGUUUUGUGUUUUGAGCAGCGCCGCGUGAACCUAUAAGGGGGGCUAAUCAUCCAGGACCGGCCAAGGAAACAAAAGGGAGAUCCAGCCCCGCUCCUCUCCUCUGACUGACGCACCUGCUGCCCUGUCGCCUCCUGACAUGACAGCGCAGCGCCGGCAGCACAGCAGCAUCAGGGGGCACCGCCGUGCGGCCCAGCAGCAGCAGCCCAGGGGAGGCCGGAUUGCAGUUUCUGAGACGAGCGCCAAGGGCAGUGCGGCAGUGAGCGGACAGACCGGGGGGAGGAGGCUGCGGAGAUCCGGGAUCCACUCCCCCCAGAGUCAGCCCUCUGUGUCAUCAUCCUCCCAACCUGCCGGUAGAUGUGUGCAUGCUUGAUCCAUGCUGGUGGUGACCGUGGAGCCCCCCCGUCCUCUUCUCGCCUUUUUCACUGGAGAUGUGCAGGUAAGCAGAGGUAAGGAAGCUGUUCUUGAGGGAAGUUUGGAGCCCGGAGGGGACCGAUGAGCAUACUGGCCGGGUUUCAGCGGCUCCCAGUGUCCUCUCUGGUUCUGCUCAUCUCGCUUGCGGUCCUCGCCAUGGGCUGUAUUCAGAGCAUCGCAUGCAAACCCCGCAUCCGGCGGGAGAACAUUGUGGUGUACGAGGUGUCGGCCUCCAUCGACCAGUGCCCCACCAUUAUUGAGGAGAAUUCACCAAUUGUACUCCGUUACAAAACGCCCUACUUCCGGGCCUCGGCGGGGGUUGUGAUGCCACCGGUGCCCCGCAAUGAAACCUGGGUAGUGGGCUGGAUCCAAGCCUGCACGCAGAUGGAGUUCUACAACACCUAUGGUGAUAUUGGCAUGUCCAGCUGGGAGUUACCAGAGCUGCGAGAGGGUCGGGUCAAGGCCAUCAGUGACUCCGAUGGCGUCAGCUACCCCUGGUACGGCAACACCACCGAGACGGUCACCCUGACCGGCCCCACGUCCAAACCGUCCAGGCUGACAGUCAGCAUGAACGACAACUUCUACCCCAGCGUGACCUGGGCCGUCCCCAUCAGCAACAGCAACACCCCCAUGCUGACCCACAUCACCAGGGACCAGAGCUUCAUCACCUGGCUGGUGGCCAUGAACUCUGUGACCAAGGAGCGUAUCGUGCUGCAGACGGUGCGGUGGCGAAUGCGGGUUGACAUUGCCGUGGAUCCAGACAUGCCUCUGGGCUCUCGGGCGUCACUGGUCGGCCGCCCCUACCAGGAGCAGCCGCACAUCCUCAACUACCAGGAGCCCAUCCCUCCCAACGCACUCGGGAGACCCAACGCCAAUGACGCCCAGGUGCUAAUGUGGAGGCCUCGAAGAGGUGCACCGCUCGUGGUCAUACCGCCAAAAUAAGAAGGACAUAUCGUUGCACGGACAUGUGUGUUUGGGCUUACGGCAGGUGUUUGCUGCGCAGGCAGAACAUGAGGGCUGGCGCUGGUGAGGUUAGCAGUGAAAUCAUCAAGCCUGACUGUGUCCUUGCGGUUUCUAAUCUCUACACAAGUCAAACGGACUGUUACGAUAAGUCAAAGUGGAUAUAACAUCUUGAAUGUGACAGAGCACAAUGUCAGAAUAAGAAGCCUCCAGCUUGAUCUUCUCAAGGAUCUGGAGUGGCGUUGACGCUUGUGUGACCCAUGAUGAAGUUUGGACCGCGUAAGAAGUUCUGCCUGCAUUUUAGCAAAGAGCACCGUUUUUAGAUGUACCACAGAGGUAUUAGCCUACAACGAGAACUGCAUCCUGCAUCCUUAUAGACUUAUUGCAUGACAGUAAGAAUGAGACUAAAACAAGAAAAACUAAAAAAAAAACCAUACCUGGAGAAGUUUAAGAACAGACUUUGUUUUGUACAACUUGAUAUCUGAAGACAUUUUGAUUGAAAAAUCUGCCAAAAAACGCUGCAGGCCGGUUUAACCUCGUCGGUGUCAACAAAGGCCUUCAGCACAGCCAGUACCAGUACUGAACGAUGUAUUCUGAUCAUUUAAAAGAAAACAAAGCAUUAUAUGAGACUUUUUAGGUUAAGAUUUAACUCGUAUAUUGACCAGAUUGUAUUAGGAGCUCCCACUUGGCAUAAAAGUCUUGAAGAAGAAACAAGUCUGUUUUAGUUUUCACUGGAGUUCUGCUGACACACCAAACUUGUGCACCAACAUGUUUUCCAGUCACGCGGCAUCUUAGCAACAAAACAUCAGAGAGAUGAGCUGGAUCUGUUUCUGCACCAAAUAAAUCAAGUCUUUCAGUAAGUGCGGUGUAAACAACUUGGAAACCUGCCAUACAGCAAAAUUAAGACGAGAGGGUGAUGGCAGUCAGGGUACGUCUAUCAAAGCUGGAACCGUUCUCUCAAAGCUGGAACUGCUCUCGAGCGAAGCAUUAGUUUGACGUGGCACUAAUCGCGUCACGUUGCCCAUGAAGUCACAUCAAUCUUCCCUCAGUACGGGGCUCUAAAUG